AAGCAUUAUAAUCAUCGCUAAUGAAUAAACAAUUGUUGUUUUUCUAUCAGGGAACUGAAAAAAUUGAAUGCCUAGUUCUUGACAAGGAAAUGUCCACAAAAUUGUCCAAAGUAGUCAAAUCUGUCAGAUCAUAUUUCCUCAAUGAAGAUACUGGUCUGUUAGGUCAUGGCUAUUCAAGGAAACACCGUAAGAAUUUGGAGCAUUGUAAUGAUGCCAAUACAGAGGGUUCAAACAGUGAAGAAUUUGAAGCUGAUGCAUUUUCCAGAAUGCAGAAGCUGAGGAUUCUCCAGCUUAGUUAUGUAAGAUUCACUGGAUUUUAUAGUUUGUUUCCGAAAAGUUUAAGAUUACUGUGUUGGUCUGGAUUUCACAUGAAGACCAUUCCUGAAGAUCUCCCUCUAGAGGGUCUGGUUGCCCUUGAAAUGAAAAACAGUUGUUUGGAAAGAACCUGGGAGAGAAUCAAGAUUCUCAGAUCAUUAAAAAUCCUCAACUUUAGUCAUUCCCAUUUCCUAAAAAGAACUCCUGAUUUUUCUGGACUUCCCAAUCUAAAAACUUUGAUCCUCAAAGACUGCAUUAAGUUGGUCAAGAUUCAUGAAUCAAUUGGAGUCCUCGACCGGCUGGUAUAUCUGAACUUAAGAGACUGCAAGAAUCUGAGGAAGCUACCUGGAAGCUUUUGUAAGCUCAAAUCCUUAGAAAAAUUUACUAUCUCUGGAUGUUCUAGACUAGUUACAUCAGCAAUAGAGCUAGGCAAGCUAGAAUCUUUGAAAACUCUACAGGCCAAUGGCAUGAAUUUUGGUCAGCUAGCGCCAGUUGGUGGUAAUGAGAAAUCAUGGAGGUCCCUCUGGCAAACUUGGUCAUCAAACCUAAGAAGAUCCCCAGACUCUAACCAUUUUUCCUUCUCUUCUUUGUCAAGUUCGCUCGUCAGCUUGAGUUUUGCUAAAUGCAACUUAACAGACGAUGCUCUAUCAUUUGGACUCUGUAACCUUCCCUCACUAUGCUUCUUGAAUCUAAGUGAAAAUCUGAUUUAUAACCUGCCUCAGAGUAUAAAGAAUCUUUGUUUGCUCCAAGACCUUUGGUUAGAUGGAUGUCCGAGCCUCCAAUCUCUGCCAGAGCUUCCACCGAGCCUUGUUACGUUGAAGGCAGUUAGAUGCUCUUCACUGGAAACAGUUACAAAUCUACCCAACCUAAUGUCAACUCUCUUUUUAGAUGUCUCGGAAAGUGAAAAUUUAAGUGAGAUUUCAGGACUUUUCAAGCUAAAGCCCAUUGAUUAUUUUGAAGUGGAAAUAUUGAAUGCUCUAAGACUUCUCAAGCUGGAUAACAGACAAGAUACAGUGGUGGAAAUAUUAAGUAGGUUCACUAACACAAAAAGGACAUAUUCAGUACAGCAGGGACUCUAUGAAUUUGGCAUCUUCAGUACUUAUUUUCCAGGAAAUGAGGUUCCAAGCUGGUUCAGCAACAAAAGUGAAGAGAGGUUGUUGACCCUGAAUGUCGAUUCACUUCCUAAUAUCGAGAUAACAGUACUGCACAUUUGCGUUGUCUAUGAACGUUCUAGUCCUCGUAAAUAUCGCUAUUUUGGUGACAAUAAAUUCGGGGGCGGGCAUACAUUUUACAUCAAGGUUCAAAACAUUACAAAGGGUCUUAAGUGGAUUUAUGCCCCAUCAUUCAUUGGCAUUCCAGGAGAGAACAACAGGUUGACAUUGUUAUGCCACUGGGAGUUUGGGAAAUAUUUACAAACUGGUGAUCAGAUUAAUGUUUCAUUACCUUGUUGGAGUAAAACUUUUAAGAUGAAAGAGCUUGGAGUUGCACUUGCAUAUGAUAAGCAAGAAUUGGACCAGUCCUCAACAUUUACUAGUGAAGCAAGAGAGCUUGCAAUGCGACAUAAUCCAAUUAGUGAUUAUCAAUCAGAAGAAAGUAUCAUGGAAUUCUUUAUGCCUUCAUAUCAGAUGGCGGCUCAUCAUUACUACCUUUCUCACCCUGAUUACUUUGUGCUCCGCGACAGUACAGAUUUAGCUGUGAGGUCAAUUUUGAAUGAGAAAUUGUUUGAGGAUUAUAAUUAUGUGGAGACUGCAGGUUCAGGCUCUGAUGUUGGAGCGGGACCAGAAGAAGAAGUUGACGAUGAUAGCAUCUUUGAUUACGAUGAGGAUGGAGAUGAAGAGGCUGUAAUAGCAGAGAUAGAGGAGUUGCUGCAAAGAUCUUGGUGA